UGUUAAAUUGUUGGUCGUCAACACACAUAAAACAACCCGUUCCGGCCCAGCGAUGCUAUCUUAGUGUAAUAAAUAUUCUAUCAAGGCCGUCUCAUAUGCUUGCUUAUCGUAGUGGUAUAAACCACGUCAAUUAAAUCUCUGCUGGCAAAAUGUUACCACAAGAGGAGAAACCGCCAAGCGAAUUCAGGAUGAAGAAGUUUUGGGCUAGCAUUGCCGCGGAAUAUCUGGGCACUGGUCUUUUGGUCUAUAUCGCUACAUCUGUUUGCAAUGUGUCUGAUACGAACCUACGAGACAAUACUAAAGCAAGUGGUAAUCUGGAAUGCGCUUUAGCAAAUGGUCUCGGUGUCGCAACGAUCGUUCAUUGGACCGAAGGACUGCUCAAUCCGGCGUUGGCAGUCGCGUUCACCUCGACUGGCAAACUCUCGCUGACCAAAGGAGUCUUGCUAAUCAUUAUGGAAAUUGUCGGAGGUAUCUCUGGGGCGGCAUUAACGUACGCGCUGACUCCAUCACGCUUGAGGCAUACCCUGGGAGAUACUGUUCUUCACGAGGAUAUGAGCACAAUGCAAGGACUUUUUGUCGAAUUCAUUCUCACGCUUAUUUUGACGUUGGCCGUGUACGCUACUCGUGAUGCCGGGCGCAAGUGCGAGGGUUAUCAUUCAUCACUUGCCUACGGAUUUGCUGUUGUGUCCUGCUACCUUGUCGGGUAUAAGUAUACAUCUUGUGGUAUCAAUCCAGCACGAUCGUUUGGUCCAGCGGUUAUUCGGGAAAUAUCUGGACUAGGAAAACCAAACGCAGAGUGGCAGCAUCAUUGGAUUUACUGGAUUGGUCCCAUAGGAGGCUCGUUACUUGGUGGCGUUAUCUACCAUUUCUUAUUCGCCCAACCAAGCUUCGAAUAUGACGUAUGCAAAGCAAUCUACACUAGGAAUAAUCAUGACUACCGGGAAAGAGAGUCGGAAACCAACUUAUAGCAAUGAAUGAAUUGCUAUGAAGCAAAGUUUAAAGAUAAACUUGUUAUGAAACCACCAUUAAAUGGUGGUGUUAGUUUUUACAUCUCAUCCCCAUUUGGUGUGCGGUUUGGAUCGGAAUCGGUUUAGUAGAGGUAUCACAGUAUAUCAUACAUAUCACAUAUGCCAUCUUAUGAGCAGAUCAUUGUUUGGAAUAUAAUUGCAAUGCAAAAAAUGCCAGAAAGCGACUCUCGGAGAUGAAUCGAUAGGCUCCAUAAACCGCUCCAAUAAUUUUGUCUUGUUUUUUCGAUGUGGGAAAGACGAGGAAUGAAUUUAAUCAAAAUGACCUGUCUUUAAUUUCGUGCAAAGAUUUGAAAGAUGGCAAAGCCAAAGAUUCGCCGGAAAUUAAAUCAACGCUGUACUUCGUGUAAGCAUCCUCUGGCCUAACUAUACUGCCUUUGGAACAGUAACCUAGCGUUGUCAUAUGCAGUCGACUAUUCGUGCAAGUGAAAUGUGUCAGUAUAAUAGAAGAAAGAUGUCUUUCACUUGAACGUUGUUUCAUGCCAUUGUUUUAAAUAUAUUGAGUCCCAAUGAAAUAUAAUGAGGUUCUUCAUUCAUCGUAUUCGUUAUCGCAAAUAAUUUGUCGCAAUUACGAGAUGAAUGUAUAAAAAAGCUCGUACGGUAUGCAAAUAUUGCUUGUGGUGACAAAACAAUGCUUGUGGUUAUAUUAUCGUUCUACACGUAUGCAAAUCGGCUUCUUUGUUGAAAAUUUUAAAAUUGCGCUCAAAGUGCAGCUGUCCUUGUGUUUGAAUACGAACAUUAUUACAAAAAAUUAAUAUCUCUAUUGCUCUAACAAUAAUGAAUAGCGUAAAAUGCAUUCCUCCUGUAUUGAAAACUUCAAAAUGCAAUGUGCCUUGUAAACGUUUUAAUAACAACUCGACUCCAGUUCUUUUGCUGACAUGCAGGA